AAAAUUUCCGCAUAAACUUUUUUUGCUGAAUACCCGUGACCAUACUUCAUAUUCUCUAUACCUCUUUUAAUCGCUUGGAGUCGCAGUCUAAUUAUCCUUAUCUACUAUAGUAUUCAUUACUGGUCCGGUAAAAGUAAUACCUUGUCGAGUAUUCGUGAUUUAGUACUAUUAUCACUGUUAGGAUCUACGAGUCCUAUUGCGCUCGUCACUAUAUUUACUACUAUAUUCAUUGUUUACCAUUGUAUUUUUUAAAUUAAUAGUAAAUUUCUUAGUUGAAUGCUCAUUUAAUAAUAAUUAAUAUGCGUCAUUCUCUGCGCCAAUGGUAAAUAGAUAAGUUAAGCCGAGAAGUACUACAGAUAUUUAAGGGCUUCUCGGCCUGGUAGAUGACUGAACUCCUAACAUUUAGGCCUUAGGUUGAAUGCCCAGAUGCCUUCCAGUUUUUGAACUGACGCUCAGUUUCUACUGAAAAUGUCGAAGCUCGAUUGACGUACAGCGUGUGAUAAUCUAGUGGAUAACGUAUUUGCCUGUUAAUCUUAUAAACACGAUGCGAUCUGGGUUCGAAUCCGGGCAUAAGUACACGUCGCUUCGUGGUGGGGGGUCAGCCAUCUAAUAGAACGCCGAAUUGCGGUACCAAACAUAACUCGAAACAUAGACAGGUGUGUAUAAUGCAAGUAAGAUGAUAGUAUAGCAUUCUGUGGGGUCAUGAAGAUAUGCCCUUCACACUCUCAGAAAUACGGGGAAAUCUUCUAUGCAUUGGUUUACCGAAAUGGCUGCACAUUUCGAAAAGACCCGCCGUUAAACGCUGUCUUUUGCUGUGUUCCGGAAAAUAUGAAGCGCUGGUUAUUAUCACAGUGGGGACGACAUAUGCGUCCAUCCGUUCAGCGGGCCAACAGUCGCUGCCGCCGCCAUGCUGUUAUGCUGUUCUCUAAUAAGACGAUCGGCUGCUAGAACGAAAGCAGUCGCAUCGGCGGUCGGGCAAUCCGACGAAAACAACCCCACCCGAGUACUAGCGACGGGAACAUCUGCAGGAGCAAGGGACCAACGGUUUUCAUCAGGGAAUCAUUAUCACAGGCAGACAGUGUGGGCAUAUACACUUGGCAUAUUUCGACGCGGCGCAAGACAGCAUCACACACCAACUGACCGAUCACAGCAGCAGUCAGCUAGCGGCGAUCCAGCGUUACUAGUAGAGGUCUUUCCGCUGCAACAACUCCAAAAGUAAGCUGGUGAGCGAGUGACGAUGCUUUGACUGGACUGGUGGCAUAGUAUCAGUAGGAGCUGUACACGGCUGUGGGUGUUUCGUCGUUGUUGUACGCGGGCCUGUGGUGGCGGCAACAGGAUUUUGAGGUCGGUGGCUCGAGUCGUGGUUGCAAUUGCCGUCGUCAGCAGCAGCAGUCGUGCUUGCUCGACUACCGUUGCUGCUGCUGCUGCUGCUGCUGCUGCUGCUGGCGAGACAGCAGUUGUAUAUGAAUCUAUUUAUUGUGCUGCGUGCUCUAUAGCAUCGACCGUCAUAGAGGAAGCCAACGUCAGCGUCGUGCAGUGAGGGUGAUGCAGUGUGUACGCUUUUUGUCGCAGUACCAAUAGCAGUAGAACCGCGAAAUAGAAGAAGCAAUAGUUCUACCAGUACUAGAAGUCAAAGUAGUGUUUGGUUUGUUCGAGGCUGCUGCUGAGCUGCUCGAUGUCUGUAUCUCUGUUCGUGUAAUAAUCAGGUCGGCCGAACUGACUUAAAAGCAGUAGGUGCAAAUAGGAGCGGCGUGCUGCAUGCAGGUUCCCGUCAGUCAGCACAGUGUUGCUCAUCUCGUGCUAGUGGUAGUAGUACGGCGGCGGCCGAAGUGUUCGGGCAGCCCUGGGUGUUGACGACAACCGGCGCAAUAAUCACUAGCGGUCGAUAGUUGGGUCGACAGGAGCUAAGCCGAUCGAUUCUUUAGCGUUGACUUCGAACGGAGUUCGAGGAAGUGCGGUCGUCCACUUGGUCUGCCUUUAGCCGUCGCCUCCACCGCGUCGUGUAGAAAGAACUAUCUAGACGAUGAAUGUAUCGGCGCUGGGGGCCCUGCCGGGCUCCAAUCCCGGAGAGGACUGCAAUAUCCGCGUCGUGUGCAGAGUGCGGCCGCUCAACGACAUCGAAAAAAGCAAAGAGUCGAAAUUCGUCGUUAAAUUCCAUGACGAUAAUGAAGGUCAGAUUAGCCUCAAUAGCCGAACAUACCAGUUUGACAAAAUAUUCAAACCGUCUGCGUCUCAGGAGCAGGUGUAUAAUGGCGCUGCGAGAGAAAUUGUUAAUUAUGUGCUUAAUGGCUUCAAUGGAACAAUUUUUGCCUACGGUAUGACCUCUUCUGGCAAGACUCAUACGAUGGAGGGCGUUCUAGCAGACCAGGACUUGCAGGGCAUUAUUCCUCGAAUUGUGCAGGAUAUUUUUAACCACAUCUACCUCAUGGAUAAAGACGCCGUAAUCACCAUCUCAGUCUCGUAUUACGAAAUCCAUCUUGAUAAAAUUCGUGACCUCCUCGAUAGCUCAAAAACCAAUCUCAGCGUGCACGAGGACAGCAACAAAGUGCCUUAUGUUAAGGGAGCGUCGGAACGGUUUGUAGCAACUGCAGAAGAGCUGUUAAUAACCAUCGAAGAGGGUAAGUCAAUUCGUGCCAUUGCUGGCACCAAUAUGAACGAGCAUUCUUCUCGAUCGCACGCGAUCUUCCAGAUCAACAUAAAACAGGAAUUUGAAGAUGAACGAAAACUAUCGGGCAGACUUUACCUCGUCGAUUUGGCUGGAUCAGAAAAAGUAUCUAAGACUGGAGCAUCUGGAACGACCCUGGACGAGGCUAAAAACAUCAAUAAGUCACUACACGUGCUCGGUCAAGUAAUUUCUGCUCUUGCUGACGGCAAGCCGUUUGUGCCGUACCGAGACUCUAAACUCACCCGAGUGCUGCAGCAAUCACUAGGAGGUAAUUCGCGUACCACAAUCAUCAUCUGUAUCUCACCUGCUUCUUUUAACGAAGAAGAAUCACGAUCCACAUUGGAUUUUGGCCGAAGAGCCAAGACCAUCAAGAACGUGGUUGUUGUAAACGAAGAACUUACGGCCGAGGAAUGGAAGCGACGUUAUAUGAGGGAAAAAGACACGUCAACGAAACUCGCCAGUCAAUUGGCCCUGGCACAAGCGGAAUUACAGAAGUGGCGCAGUGGCGAAAGCGUCGGACAGGAUGAACAAGUUGCGAUUGAGAUGGCCGCCUCAACGACAAACAUUAUUGAGCAGACAAAAGCACUCGUAGCUGCCGGACAACCGCUGCAGACCGACGAGCGCGCUGAUUUCUACAGACAACUUGAUGAGAAAGAUGACGAGAUUGCACAGAAUUGUGUUCUUAUCGAAAAAUUGCGCGAGCAACUUAAUGAACAGGAGGAAAGCGUGAACAGCAUUCGACGGGAGAAAGAGCAGGUGCAGCAGGACAUGAAUGAACUACAGGGACAGUUCCUACGUUCGCGCGAGGAAGUUGAAGAAGUUCUAAAGGCUCUCGAGGAGUUGGCAGUCAACUACGACCAGAAGAGCGAAGAAGCUGAUUCGAAAAAUAAACAGCUUGAACAACUGAAUGACGAAAUCGGAGCCAAGAGUCAACAAGUGACCACUUUCCAGAAUGAACUACAGCAGCUUAAAGAUUUCUCUAAUCACCAGAAGAGGAAGAUCGACGAAGCUCUUGCAGGCUUGCUUCGUGAUCUUGGUGAGAUAGGGCUUGUGAUGCGUGUCGGAGAACUUAAAGUUCCCACGCUUGAAAGCGGCAAAGGUAUCGAGGAUGAAUUCACCAUGGCUCGGUUAUACGUCACUAAAAUGAAGUCGGAGAUUUCGGCCAUGUCGCAACGUUGUAAAGAACUUGAGGAUAGCCAAGGCGAUACGAAUAAGCGUAUGGAGGAUAACGACAAGGCGCUGCAAGAGGCGAAGCUACUGAUUCAGCAGCAUGAGGCGAAGCUUAAGAGCCAGCAAGAUCACGUCAAAGAGUUAGAAGGCAAAAAGCGAGAGCUGGAAGAAAGGAUUGAUGGCCUAAACGAUGAAGUGUCCAAACUACAAGCGGCGGAAGAAAUGCACUCCAAAGAAAAGGCAAAGGGUAGCGCAGACGACAUCAAGGCUGCUCUCGAAGAACAGAUUGAAAAGCACCGUGAAUCCUACCAAAAGCAGAUCGCAGCUUUGCGUGAUGAGGUCAGUCAACACCUUAUUACGAUCGGGAACACUUCGGAUCAGCUGCAGAAGCUCAAGCUGGAGCACGAAGCGCUUAAGGAACAGCACCAGAAGCUUCUCGAAGAGGAACAAGCUAAGGCGAAACAGCUGCAAGAAUUACAAUAUUCUUUCAGGUCGCUUAAUGCGCGCCGUGAACAGGCUCGCCAGGAUCUUAAGGGUCUCGAGGAGACCGUCUCCAAGGAGCUACAAACACUUCACAACCUUAGAAAGCUCUUCGUUCAGGAUCUGCAGAGCCGCGUGAAGAAGUCGAAUGUAAUAGAAGCUUCAGAUGGUGAACAAGAUGCUGGUGGUUCACCCGCUCAGAAACAAAAAAUCGCCUUCCUUGAAAAUAACCUGGAUCAGCUAACCAAGGUUCACAAACAGCUCGUACGAGAUAAUGCCGAUCUUCGUUGUGAGCUACCAAAGCUUGAAAAACGCCUUCGAGCGACAAUGGAACGGGUAAAGGCGUUGGAAACCGCCCUCAAAGAGGCUAAGGAAUCUGCCAUGCGAGAUCGUAAAAGAUACCAAACAGAGGUGGACAGAAUCAAAGAAGCUGUCCGACAGAAAAACAUGGCCCGUAGAAACCAUGUUGCACUUAUUGCAAAACCGAUCCGUGCCGGUCCCGGUUCUGGACAGCCAAGUAUCACAAUUCGCGCUGGAGAUAGUGUUUCGUAGAAGGGUACCUACACAGCCCCGGUUGUUAGGUAGAGUAGCCCCAGUAUAGAGAGCGGCCGGCGGCAGGUGACCGGCAAGAGUCGGAAAACUUACGUUACCGUGAAGUUUGCCCGACUCAAAGAAGCCUGCACAAUUCAAGCAGCACAAGGGUCUGGUCAACACAUGAAAUACCGGCAGCUGUUGAGCAACAGCAGCCAUGAAAAAAGAAAUGAAAAAGAACCAGCCUCGACUAUAUGCAGCACGAACACCACCACUGACUAUCACCUUCAAGAAAGAAAGUAUCGGUAGCGGUAGGACAAUUUCACCUGCAAGCAUUGUCCCCGUGUGUGUCUGUGUAUUCUAUUUUUGACGCCAGUAGCAGUAGCAACCGCACAAAAAUAGACAAAAGAGGCGGGACAAGACCUAGAUGGAGAAAUACUGCUGCAAUCGUUUUAGCUUUCUGUUGAGACUCCGUUGAGUUGGAGAAGUCACUACACCCACUUUGAUUAUGAUAAUAGCUGCUACUUCCACGAUUGACUCCGAUGUAACCCAUACAACAAAUGGAAACGUACAAGGAAAACUAAGAGAUCGUAAACACUCCGAGAGAUAACAAAGAAGGAUACGCACUAAGAUCAUGCACCAAGACAACUUGGAUUCACCCAUAAUUGUCAUUCUCUAAUUCAACUGAAUAUAAACAGCACAACAUCCUCACAUGACAAACACUGCUCGUCUACGUGGCCGAUGCCCAUGUCGGAUACCUACGUAUUGAUGAGCAGCAGAGAAAAAAUACAAAUGACAAAAACAACGACGAUACGAAUCUGUUCUUUGGGCGUACACUUUACAUUUCUUAUUGGAUGUGGCGAAUACAAAUUUCAUAAUACGCGAUACGACCUGCUCGGACUGACUGGGAAGCAGGGCAGACCUGUAUGGUUAGUUGAUUUUUUCGAUGUCCUAAAAAAGCGUUUUAUAAACUGGAUUGUCUGCUAAUAAUGCUAUCAAAUAUUUAUUUUUUUGUUUUUAUAUGCGUUUGUACGUUUCUUUUGUAGGGGACUUUUCAAAGGUUUUAGAACUUGGAAUGACGCACCGGCUGUGGUUGGUAUGAUAUCCGUGGGAGCAGUAUUCUUCUAAAUAUAUGAAAUAUUGUUUUGUUUUGUGUAUUACAACCGCUGUACCUACCGUAUUCUAAAGCGAAAUCGACCAGCCCAAAAAUCAACCGUUAUGAGGCCUUACCGAGCUUGGCCCUAAGAGCUAGCUACCGGGGCCAAUGAGGAUGAUGACGAUGAUUAUUAUAGGUGUUUCAUAAAAAAAGGAUUAUGAUGAUAACAAUAAGAUAUAUUUAUUAUAAUUCAAGCGAUAACCUAACAACUUGAUUUUUGUCGUUUAACACAAGUCAAGCAGGGGACACUGAAGUAAUAUUAGAUACUACCAUCGGCAAUAGGAUGCGAUCAAGGCCCCAGGUGGUCAGCCUGUCUACUGAAGGAGUACCCGUAAGGCUAGAUGCGGCACAGAAACGUAAGGUGAAUCAAAGACGAUCGCUCAGAGCUACGUGCUUUGCUAGAUCAAUGACUCGUAUUGCAGCCAAUGCGAACACUUCAUUAAAAUCAUAAGAACGUGUCAAGCAGUUGCAAUGAAUAAUUCUGUUGCCGACAGCAGGCACUUCUAGCGAGAAUGCCCUGGCCCCGUCUGUUUAGCAAGACGGCCGUAUGAUAUGAUGUCAGGGAUCGGCAGUCUCUUGGAGUGUCGACGGUCGAGGCCGCGCGCGACACUGCCGCCGCUAUGACAAAACGAGGAUAUAGAACGACGUGAGUGGACGAAAAGCAUCCGAGAAGCAUGGAUGCCCCACGAACUCGCCUGCCUCUCGCCGGCUCCGUCAACUCCGCUCAUGAACAUUCGACACAGCCAACGGCCACAACAGACCGUAGAUUGCUCUAUACUGCAUAGAAUACGUAUUCAUGCUCUAUUCAGAACUAUUUCUAUAAAGGACGAAGUGUAAAGGGCUGUCGUAGACGCUUGAGGUAGUCCCCAUCGGAUCCAUCGUCAACAGCUGUCGGCCAAAUAUGUUCAAAGCGGAAAGGCUAGCUGAGAUGCAAAGAAAAAACAGAAGCCUAAUGAAUAAGCUAGCUAGCUAACUAACAAUGGCGCUGAUGACGAUGAUUAUGAUGACGAUGAUGAUGAUGAUGAUGACGAUGAUGAUGAUGGCAUAGGUUGUGCGAUCGAGUGAUCCAAGCAGUGUAAAAAGAACAAAAGCAACAUGAAAACAGUUAAGGAAAGAUGGCACAUAUAUGUCGUUAUGGAUAUUAUUACACCGACGCACCGAUAGCAGUAAUUUAUCUGCAUAAAUUAGAAGAGGUUGUCGUGGAGAGGACGUGGAAUGUGAUGGGGUGCCCUCACCCAAAUGCGCUUUAACUAAUAUAUGCACACUACAACAAAAACAACAACAAUGGGAGAUGGGCUUAACAUAGGAAGGGGUACUAUAUUAUAUUUAUAAAUAUAAGCGAAAAUAUAGAGAACGAUAAAAAAAUGACAAAAUAUACGAUGUGAAAAAUGGUGUGAAGCAGCAGGGCUUGGAGUAUGAUAAAGGACGGAGAGGUUUUACUCAAGAAAAGCCUGAAACGGCAACAUGGAUAGUACAUAAAAAAUGUUAGGAUAAACAAUGUUUUCUGGUGGUAAAUGGUAAAGCGGAGAUCGGGGUGGAGAUUUUGGGCUAGAUAAUUAGUUGUGAAGUGUGAUACCCAUGCAAAACAAGCAACGAUGAUGGCCACCAAAUUUCGUAUUGUAGGUCGUGCCUGAAGACCAUGUUUUUUUUUCUUUUAUUUUGCCCUGUUACGAAAGCCGGAAAGCAAUAAUGGACUUUUGAUCAUUCCCAAGCCAUUGCAAAUAAAUGCUGUCAUUUAUGCAAAUUUAAAUAGCAUGCCGACGGGAGACCCAUUUUUUGUCGUUGGCAAACAGCAUUUUUACUUUUGCUGCUUUGGAAAAUAUCACUCGCUGCUGGUUGCCAGAUUUGCGUUAUGUUAAUGACCAGUCACAGCUCGAAAAAUGUUGCAGUGCUACAUGGCCAUUGUUGUCACGAAGGGCCAGCAUACUGGUUCGGCACUCUGAUCCAACUCGGCUGUUUUAAACAUUGUUCAAAAUUAUCAUUAAAAAUAAUUAUCAAGUAUUAUCUUCAUGGUAAGGUGCAGUGAGAUGUAAUUUUUAUAUAAAAAGUUGGAUAUGUCUAAAAAAUACGAAAAAACAAAUGAGUUCAUGCGCAUGCUUUAGGUGACUAAUAUAAUAAGUUAAACACGAUAUUACCAUACUCAGGGGUAGAAUGCGGUUUGAUGUGAGCCGUAAUACUAAAACAAAGAAACCUUUAUUAGCAUUGCCGUCUAAAUACACUAGUGCAAUAACAGCCAUGAAAGGGAUAGAGUGAAACCGACGACGAGAAAAUAACUAGUAAAUGAUUAAAGCGUAAAAACCUGACUAAUAUACAAAAAACAAAAAAAAAUACUGAUAAUUAUUACUAGUAAGUAUAAUCAUGCGGUGAAAUUGAACAACGAGUGCAUGAAACGCGCGCAGCGACGCCAAUGAUGAUGCAGAUUGUAUAAUGGCCAAAAAUAAUGAAUUUUACUGACAUCGGUAAGGAGAGGUUCAAUGUAUUUUUUGUUUUCGCGGGUGGUCAAGGUACUUUUGCAUUUUGAAGUUCGGUUUUCAAAGCGUGGCGGGUUAUAAAGGGAAUAUAUAAUAAUGACAUAAUAAAGUGAAUCGCGACAAAAGACGAGACCGCUAGCGAGGAAAGAAGUCGAAUUCAAAAAAAAGGGACAGAGAGCACAACGGUCGAUUCAGAAUUGAAGCCUGAAAUGCUACUGCUUAAUGAUUAUAAUUGAAGAGAGGAAGAUAGAAACAUACAACAAGAAGCUGUGGUAGCACCUCAAUUCAAUAAAUAAUUUAAAUGGGUUCUUA